UAUGUCGGUAUUUCAGAUCGUAAGACGCGAACUCCCAUAAUAUGAUCGAUCUAUUUUAUAUUUUCUUCGUGGUUAUGAUUCUGUAAAUAUGUAUAUCAAAGUGGAUGCAGUAGAAUUGUAGUAGGAUUGAACCGACUGCUUUAGAAAUUACAGGAAGCAGAGAAUUGUAUGCAACAAAACAAAAAUUAAUUUAAUUUCUUAUUGAAUUAUUCAAUAAACAAUAUCUGCAAUGGCAAGUAAAGAUAUCGAUUCGGAAAACAAUUCCAAAGAUACUGAACUUGGACGUGGAUCUGAACCAGAAGGUAUACGUGAGAAAUGCCAAAAAGAUUUUAAAAGAAAUUGGCGAGCAAAUAAUGAUUAUAGACGAAAUCGUGGUUCAUACCACAGUGGAUAUCGAAAUGAUAAUUUUGGUCGAAAACCAUUUAAGCGUAAUUGGUCAAAUAUUCAACAGGAUAGUAAAAGAAAGAAGAUGAAAGUUGGGAAUCGGUUAAGAGAAUGUGAUGUAGGCAUCACAGAAUUUAUAGGCAAUGAAGGAUUUUCUGGUGUAAUUAAAGAAAGAUAUACAGAUUUUCAUGUGAAUGAAAUUGCUCUCGAUGGACAGAUAGCUAAGUUAACAAAUCAAGACAUUCCAGUAUAUGAGGAAGAAAAUGAAAAUCUAGAAGACUUAAAAAUAUCUGUAUCCGAUCUAGUAUGGGAUCAGUUACAGACUUUAAAAGAUCCAGGAUCAUCAUCCAUAGAAAUUGAUGUAACGGAUAUGGAUAAGAAUCAGCGUAGAGCAAUUCAUACAAUUGCUAAAAAGAUGACAGAUGUUGUUAGUCAAACUGUAGAUAAAGAUAAUAGGAAAAUUAUGAUGAUUAUGCCAAGUAAAAAAGAUAGUAGCAAUUGUCAUACUUUUCAGAGAGAUAAUCGGAAAGAUUGGAGAAACCGUCCUGGUGAAUAUUGCUAUUUUUUGUUACACAAAGUAAAUAUGGAUACUAUGGAUGCUUUGAAUCAAUUGGCUAUGAAUCUACGUAUGAGACCAAAUAACUUUAACUAUGCUGGUACAAAAGAUCGUAGAGCUUGGACUACUCAAUGGGUUAGUUUGAGAAAAGUAGAGCCAUCAGAUAUACUACGAGCAGCGAGAAAUGUACGUGGAGCAUUUGUAGGAAACUUUAAGUUUACAAAAGAACCUUUGAAAUUAGGCAUGCUUUGUGGUAAUCAUUUUAGAAUUGCUUUGAGAAAUAUAAAUGGAACUGAUGAGCAAAUUGAGAUAACAAUGAUUUCCUUAAGAGACCAUGGGUUUAUAAAUUAUUAUGGUUUACAAAGAUUUGGCACUGUAGUUGCCAUUCCAACUUACGAAAUCGGCAAAACUUUACUUCAGGGUAAAUGGAAUGAAGCAAUUGAAUUAAUUUUGAAGCCCAGAGAAGGGGAACAAGAUAGAGAUUUAGUAGAUGCAAGAAAAAUAUAUGAAACAACUAAAGACGCAUAUGCCGCAUAUAAAAAGAUUAAGAGAUACGAUAAAAUAGAAGCUGCUCUUUUAAAGGGUAUUUACACAUGUGGAGAUAGUAAUCCUCAAGGAGCUUUAGAUUUAAUACCAAGAAAUGCUCGGUUAAUGUAUAUUCACGCGUAUCAAAGUUUCGUAUGGAAUCACAUGGUGUCAAGGAGAAUAAAAGAAUUUGGAACAAAACCUAUAGUCGGAGAUUUAGUAUAUGAAAAUAAUACAAAACAAAGCGACAACGACGAGGAUUUUGUAUACGAUAACGAAAAUGAACGCGUCACUGAAGAUAUCGCAGAAUCUAAUGAAAAUACCAAUAAAUCAGGAGAUGAAUCAUGUACAGAUGCACCAAAAGAGGAUGGAAUAAUCGAAGAAUCUACAGAGCCAUCAUCUCCUUCAAUUAAAGAAAUAACCAGUGCUACAGAAUCUUGUCUUAAAAUAGACGAAGGUUCAGAGAAAAGUAAAACUACUAGUGAGAAAAAUGAAACUGAAGAUUUAUAUAAUCUUCCCGCAGUAAAAAUUCUGAAAGAAGAAGAUUUAUCUAACUACACAUUGGCGGAUGUACUGAUGCCCCAAGUUGGUUGGAAAGUUACAUAUCCAUCUUAUGCCAAAUCUUGGUUCGAUGAGUUUUUAGCAAAAGAUGGACUCACAACAGAUCUUAGGCAAAAGAAUAAAAAAUAUAGUUUAGGAGGCACUUAUAGAAAAAUAUUACAGAUUCCAUCAAAUUUAUCUUGGAAAAUUAUGCAUUAUAAAGAAAAACAUAGUGAUCUUAUCAUGUGUGAUAUUGAUGAAAUGAGAAAGUCAACGGCUCCAAAAGAUGAGCCAGAGGGACAAUACAAAGCUUUAAUUAUUGAAAUGUCGUUAAAAUCAUCUACAUACGCGACAAUGGCACUACGUGAAAUUUUAAAAUACGAUACUUCGGCACAAGCACAGGCAGCUCAGUCUGCUGCAUGUAAUGCAGAAGUUGAGAAUUCAAAUGCUUCACCGGAUGUUAUAGAAAAUGAAAAUUCUGCAGAAAUUGAUAGGAACGACGAAGAUGAGAAAUGUACCGAAACUCAAGAGCAAGAUACGAAAUCUAUCGACGAAACGAAGGAUGAUAAAAUAGAAGUAUCCAAUGCAAUAUAAAACUGUGAUAUGUUGCUUUAAUAUUUUAUAAUUGAUAAUCAACUAAAUUUUUCAUACAAGUAAAUAAAUGGUAGAAAAUA